AGGCGGGGGGUUGCGCUGGUGACGGGAGGACGCGGGCCGCGGCACUGGGGUGGCGGCGGCCGCGACGGAAGACGCGGACUGAGGGCAGCAGCGGCGGCGAGCCGUGGGUAACUCGCGCCCCCUCGGGAUGAGGGGCUGUGGCGGCGCAGACCGUGCGCAGCCGGCCGGGUGGCACCUUCCCAACUGACAACUAAAGCUGGAGGGGCUGUUAGGACCUGCUGACGCCUGGGUCCCCAGGGAAAGACUGCCAUGUCCCAGACACAGGACUACGAGUGCGAAAGCCAUGAUUCUGGCAUGCAGGAGUCGCGGGUUCCAGGGUCCAGCAUGCGGCUGGAGUGGGUGGAGAUCGUUGAGCCGCGCACCCGCGAGCACAUGUAUGCCAACCUGGUCACAGGCGAGUGCGUGUGGGACCCGCCUGCUGGCGUCCGCAUCAAGCGCACCAGCGAGAACCAGUGGUGGGAGCUCUUCGAUCCCAACACAUCACGCUUUUACUACUACAACGCCACUUCCCAGCGUACCGUGUGGCACCGGCCACAGGACUGCGACAUCAUCCCGCUGGCCAAGCUGCAGACCCUGAAGCAGAACACCGAGUCCCCGCGCGCCUCGGCAGAGAACAGCCCUGGGCGGGGCAGCAGCGUCAGCCGCGAUGGCAGCACCAGCUCCUCCCUGGAGCCCGAGCUGGACGCCGGCGAGAGGGUGCAGGAGUCUGUGGCGAGGGCGGGCCGGCAGGCCGUGUUUGGGGCUCUGAAGGGAGAGAGUAGCAGUUCUUCACCACCAGGAGUGUUCCUUGAGAAGGACUAUGAGAUUUACCGGGAUUACAGUGCAGAUGGCCAACUACUUCACUACAGGACCUCCUCACUCCGGUGGAACUCAGGCACCAAGGAGCGCAUACUCAUCAAAGUUGCCGACAGGGAGCCCAGCUUCCUCUCGCCCCAGGGCAAUGGCUACCCACUGGACAGCCAGCCUGGGGUCCGCUCCCGCAGACCCUCAGGUGGGCAGCACUCGCCCAGCCUGCAGACGUUCACCUCUGACACAGACAGCCCCAUCUUGUUCCCUGAGCGGAGGCCAUCACCCUUCUUGAAGAGGGCUGAGCUGGGGAGCUGCUCGCCACUGCUGGCCCAGCCCUGCAAGCCUGCCAGCGAUGUGCAGCCCUCUUCCCCACGCUAUGCCUAUGAGCCUCCCUUGUAUGAGGAGCCCCCCAUGGAGUACCAGGCCCCCAUCUAUGAUGAGCCCCCCAUGGACAUGCAGUAUGAGGCUGGCGGGGGCUACCAGGCCAGCUCCCCUCAGCGGUCUCCAGGCCGCAAGCCAUCACCUAAGCCAGCCUCCGCCUCGCCCUACCAGCAGCUGGCAGCCACCCGACAGAAGGGCCCCGAGCGCCUGCUCAACCUGGAGUACAGCCCCACAGGAAAGGAGUACGUGCGGCAGCUGGUGUACGUGGAGCAGGCCAGCCCAAGCCCCACGCUGCGCUCAGGCUCACGGAGCAAGUACACAGCCACCCCCAGCCGGGGUGUGCUUUCCCUGCAGCCCAGCCCCUGCCUGCUGCGGGAACAGCGCCUCGGGGUCAUGUCUGGGGACUACAGCAGCAUGGAGGGGCCUGGGCUCUGGCCCGCCCAAACUCCCACACCCCUGCCACAGGCCCAGGAUGAUGCCAUGUCCUGGUGCAGCCAGCAGGACACCAUGUCCUCAACAGGCUGCUCCCCAGGCUCACGCAAGAGGAAGAGCAGGAACCCCUCUCUCUGCCAUGCCCCCAGCACCUCGUCCACGGAAGGCCCUGGGGACCGGGACCUGCUUGGUGAGCAGCCCCUGGCGGAGGAGCGGCCCCCAUGUGGGCCCACCCUGGGCUUGACGAAGCACAUGGAGGGCAAGGUGGGCGAGGUGGAUGGGGUGCGCGGCGUGGCUGAGCCCCUCCUGGCACAAGCGCGGCUGGCCUGGGAAGCGCAACAGGCCCACUUCCACAUGAGACAGAGGGGCAGCUGGGACUCCCAGCAGGACGGCUCAGGCUACGAGAGUGAUGGGGCUGUGCCACUGCCCAUGCCUGGGCCGGUGGUGCGUGCCUUCAGCGAGGAUGAGGCGCUGGCCCAGCAGGAGAGCAGGCACUGGCAGAGGGGCGCCUUGGAGAGGCUGGCCUUCCCCCAGAUCUUGCUGGAGAAAAGCGUCUCUGUGCAGACCAACCUGGCCUCCCCAGAGCCCUACCUCCACCCCUCGCAGUCCGAGGACCUUGGCUCCUGUGCCCAGUUUGACAGCAGCCGGCAAGCCCGCAGUGUUAUGCCCAGCACCAGCUGUGUGUUCCCCACAUUCACACUGCGCAAGCCAUCCUCAGAGACCGACAUAGAAAACUGGGCCUCCAAGCACUUCAACACGCACACACAGGGCCUCUUCCGGCGGAAGGUGUCCAUUGCCAACAUGUUAGCCUGGAGCAGCGAGUCCAUCAAGAAGCCCAUGAUUGUGACCAGUGACCGCCACGUGAAGAAGGAGGCCUGCGAGAUCUUCAAGCUGAUCCAGAUGUACAUGGGUGACCGGCGCGCCAAGGCGGACCCACUGCACGUGGCCUUGGAGGUCGCCACCAAGGGCUGGAGUGUGCAGGGCCUGCGAGAUGAACUCUACAUCCAGCUGUGCCGGCAGACCACCGAGAACUUCCGCCUCGAGAGCCUGGCCCGUGGCUGGGAGCUCAUGGCCAUCUGCCUGGCCUUCUUCCCACCCACACCCAAGUUCCACUCCUACCUGGAGGGCUACAUUUACCGGCACAUGGACCCUGUCAAUGACACCAAAGUGACACAGCACAUGAGAGAGCUCCUGGAAAGGAACGCUAAGAAGAAGUCCAAGUUGAGAAAGAAACCCAAGCCCUAUGUUGAGGAGCCGGAUGGGGUGGCCAUAAGCACAUAUGCCAAGUACUGUUACCACAAGCUGCAGAAGGCAGCCCUGACUGGGGCCAAGAAGGGUCUGAAGAAGCCCAACGUGGAGGAGAUUCGGCAUGCCAAGAACGCUGUGUUCAGCCCAUCCAUGUUUGGCAGCGCACUGCAGGAGGUCAUGAGCAUGCAGAAGGAGCACUACCCUGACCGGCAGCUGCCCUGGGUACAGACACGGCUGUCUGAGGAGGUGCUGGCACUCAACGGUGACCAGACAGAAGGCAUCUUCAGAGUCCCUGGGGACAUCGAUGAAGUGAACGCCCUGAAGCUACAGGUGGACCAGUGGAAGGUGCCUACCGGCCUGGAGGACCCCCAUGUCCCUGCGUCCUUGCUGAAGCUCUGGUACCGGGAGCUGGAGGAGCCCCUGAUCCCGCACGAGUUCUACGAGCAGUGCAUCGCGCACUACGAGAGUCCCGAGGCCGCCGUGGCCGUAGUGCACGCCCUGCCUCGCAUCAACCGCCUGGUGCUGUGCUACCUCAUCCGCUUCCUCCAGGUGUUCGUGCAGCCGGCGAACGUGGCCAUCACCAAGAUGGACGUCAGCAACCUGGCCAUGGUGAUGGCACCCAACUGCCUGCGCUGCCGCUCGGACGACCCACGCGUCAUCUUCGAGAACACUCGCAAGGAGAUGUCCUUCCUGCGCGUGCUCAUCCAGCACCUGGACACCAGCUUCAUGGAGGGCGUGCUAUAGCUGUAGGCAGCGGACCGAGAGUGGAGACAGAGCCGAAGCUCGGGUGCGCCCGGGCUCGGGAGCACGCGGGAGGAGGGAGGGAACGCCCCAGCGGCGGAGAUAGCAUGCCAGGCUCCGCCCUUGACGGCCCUAGCCCUGAAACUCCCAUUUCCCCUACCCAGGUCCUGGGCCUGAGGGUGCAGCCAGGGCAGAGGGCCUGCGAGAAGGGCGCCUCUGGCCCCCUGCUUCGUGGCCAGUUUCGUGGGCACCGCCCUGCCCACCGCCGGGCCGCGGGUCAGUCCCGAGAAAGUGCCUUCUACACCCUGGAGCCAAGUGACACUGCCCCUCCCGGGCCGGCCAGAGAGCACAAGCCACCCUUCCCCGCGGUGAGCUGCCUGAUUCUGGCCUCAGCCUUCGGCCUUCUCCUCUGUCUCCUGGCCCGCAGCUUCUGCCCUCCCCAGCCCCUGCACCCCACUCUCCACAUCCCUGCCACCUGUGGCCUCCGACGUGGUGACUGCCGGGAGUUUGGGGGCUUCCAGGCAUCGAGCUGUUCACCACCAGAGCCAGGCCCAGGGCCCCACGAGGCUCGGCCUGGGUGAUGAGAGACCCCCAAACCAAAGUCUUCUAUGGUGGGGGCAGGGUUGGGUAGGCAUUCUUGGGGCAGGGUGGGGGAGGGUGAGAGUAUUUUUUCUUCGUAUAACUAUAAAUUCAGAGUCUAUCCUGCACAUCAGCCUGCCUGUGAAUAGAGAUAUAAAUAGAACGAAAGAUUUAAGAACUAAAUUUGCUAAUGACAUAGUUUUAACCCAGAUGCUAUUGAUCUCGAAAAGUCCUCGUCCAACCUCUGUGCAGAGCAAGUUAGUAUUCUUUCAUUUUCUUCACUUUCUUGGCUUCUGACCAAAAACCAAACCCUGCCCCAUCCCCAUCCGGGGCCUACAGCAGAUAAGGGAAGAGGCUGGAGUCUGGGGGACCAGAGGGACACCCAGGACUGCCCUUCUGCAUGGCCAGAGCUGGGGUGGGGGUUGCCCAGAUUCUCAGUUUGUACAUUCUCCAUUUUGGAAUUUUGAGUUCCAAUUAUUGUAAAACUUAAUUUCUCCCGUUUAUAUAUAUGUAUUUUUUUUAGAGUUGAGUUUUUAUUUAUUAAAAACAAAAAAGCCCAGCCCUGCUGACACCUGGGUGUCUCCUGGGGUAGUGUCCUCAGUCGGGUGGUCUCGGGGCCUGAACCGGGGCAGCCAGGCCACAGACUCACUCUGACGCAUGGACUAAAGAAGUGACAACACUGUGUGAAUAAAGUACAGAUGGAUACUUGCCAGUCAUGGUCA